UUCGAGAUUUUUGUCAUCAUCAACGGGUGUCGAAACGAAAUGCGCAAAUUUUAACUUCGAUAACCUUGGAUAAAAUAUUCCCUUAAAAAGAAGAAUCGAAUCUUUUAAGUUCUCAAAAAGAAACCUCCCAAAAACAAAAAAUCAGUGUCCAAAGAAAAAUUAGCAACCAUCCUCGCUAAGGUCGAAGGCGAAGGAAACCAAGCAAGAGUGUUCUUCGGUUUUCAAGAUUGAUUCGCUGGGAGAAUCAAUUUUGUGAUUCUUUUCUAUCUGCGUUUGGAGGCUUUAGCCUUCAUAUUACAGUGAAAUCAAGUAUCGGCAUUCCAAAAGUGAUGUCAUCAUCAUAGAGUUAGAAGAAAGAAAGAAGUGUUUUAGUUAAAAUAAAAUAAAAAGCUAGGCUAGGUUUGCGGAAACAACAACUGAUAUCAGUCGUAGUUCGUGAAAUAAAAAGGCCAUUGGGUAAAAGUUAAUCUAAUUAACAACUAACCACAGCCUCUACACAUCGAAGCCAGAAAAUGGUUUUCGAAUCUGUAGUAACGGAUGUUCUUAACAAAAUCCUCGGCGACUAUGUGGAGAACUUGGAUCGAACUCAGCUGAAAAUUGGAAUAUGGGGAGGUGAUGUCGUGCUCAACAAUUUAAAAUUGCGUGAGAAUGCCUUAGAUGACUUGGACCUACCUGUACAGCUAGUAUCAGGGUACCUGGGUAAAUUGGUUUUAAAAAUCCCAUGGAAAAAUCUCUACGGUCAACCAGUUGUUGCUCAAGUCGAAGAUUUCUACAUUCUUAUUUCUCCAAAGCAAUCCAUAGAAUACAAUGCAGAAAAAGAAGCUAAAUAUGAUCUCCAAGCUAAAAAAGCUGCAUUACAAAAACUCGAAGAAGCUAAACGAUUGGAACUGGAAAAAGAUAAACCCAAACCAGAUCAAUCAUUCACAGAAAAACUCACCGCACAAAUUGUGAAUAAUUUACAAAUGAAAAUUGCAAAUGUGCAUAUUCGAUAUGAGGACACCACAACGACUGGCAAACCAUUUGCUUUUGGUAUUACCCUCAACGAACUAGAACUCUAUACCACCGAUUUAAAUUGGUUAAAAUGUUAUAUGACUGAACAAGCGAGUCGUGUUUAUAAGAUUGCAAAUUUGGACAGUUUGUCCGUUUACAUGAAUUGUGAUGCAGAGUUAUUUACAGACAAAAAGAAUGACAUCGAUGAGAUUUCAGCUUUGUUUAGAAAUAAUAUUGCUAGAAGAGAUGUUAUUCCUUCAAGAUAUAAUUAUAUUGUUGGACCAAUUUCUUCGAUGGCUAAACUUCAGCUUAACAUGAAUCCAGAGUAUGACGACCCACCGUUUGUUAUACCAAAAAUAGAUCUCUCAUUGGAAAUGGAAAAAUUGCAUAUUGGUAUUACCAGCACACAGUUCCAGGAUAUCUUAAAACUGGGAGAUUGCAUGAACCGAAUGCAGCUUGGACAACCAUACAGAAAAUAUCGUCCAUACAAUAAACCUUACAAGGGUUACUACAAGGAAUGGUGGAAGUUUGCAAUAACUUCUAUUUUAGAAGAGGAUGUUCGAAGAAAAACUCGGAAUUGGUGUUGGGAAUAUAUAAAACAACAUCGUGAAUUAUGCAACACCUAUGCCACAUCCUUAAAAGAGAAACAACUGUGUAAAAAACCAACAGCGGUACUCAUUGAAACUUGCAACCUGUGCGAACAAAAAUUGAAUUUAUUCAACUUGAUAUUGAUCCAUAAUCGAGUUCAACUAGAGGUUGACAAAGUAAAGGAAGCCGAAGAAAGGAAAGCAAGUCAAAAGAAAGGAUGGUUUAGCGGUUGGUGGGGUGGAGCUGAGGCUAAUGAAGAAGAUUCAUCCAAUAAUAUAGUGAAAAAAUUCGAAGCUGCAAUGACAGAUGCGGAAAAGGAAAAGCUCUACAAAGCCAUCGGUUAUCAGCAAGAUGCUGUUGCAAUGGUCGUUCCUGAAAGCUACGAAGCAAUCAAAAUGAAUUUCAAAUUAGAAGCAUUGGAAAUCGGUGUUUACGAUGAUUGCGUUCCUGGAGAUGCAACUUCACCAUCUUCCGCUGUUGUUCCAGCAACUCAGAAAGCAGUAAUGCUUAUGAACUUUACUCUAGCUACAUGCAAUGUUGUGCAAAGGCCCUCGGCCAAUGCUAUUAGUGUUACUGCUAGUGUUAGGGAGAUGGAGUUAACUGGCUUAAAGAAGGGAGACUAUCUUCCCACUUUGAUAGAAUCUCAAGUAACCGAUGAGUUUAGUCUGCUUGAUGUCUUAUUCGAGACGAAUCCACUUGAUAAGAAAUGCGAUCAAAGAUUAAAGAUUUACGCUAGACCAUUGCAAAUCAUUUAUGAUUCGGAUACAAUUUUGCAGUUAGCUAAAGCAUUUACACCACCAAAAUCUGUAAAUUUAUCAGAAAUUGAAGGUGCAGCAUCGGAGAGAAUGUCUCAUUUUAAAGAACGAUCAGCAACUGGAAUGCAAUACAUUGUAGAUAAACAUCAAAUUCUAGAGGUUGAUAUAAAAUUCAUGCCAAACAUUGUCAUUCUUCCAUCUAAGGGAAAAUAUGAGGCUGGGGACACAUCUUUAAUUGUUCUGAGUCUUGGUGAAUUCCGUAUAACAUCAGCUCCUCGGGCUGGAGGUAUAGGAAAUGUUGCAAAUAUGCAUGGUGCAGGUCAUGAUUCUAAGGCAAUUUUACGUUCAAUGAUGGCUAAAUCUUAUGAUAAAUUCGAAGUUAUACUCGAAGAUAUUCAAGUUUUGGUAGUUAAGCCCAAGGAAAAUUGGCAAAAUGUUCUUAAACAUGGUCAUUUGUGUGAAAUGCAUGUACUUCAACACACUUCUCUAAUUGUUACUGCGGAGGUUUGUGUAAUUACCGACGAUCCAAGAUUGCCCAAAACCAAAGUUGGAAUUUUGAUUCCAUCGGUUAAUUUAAACAUUACUGAAGAUCGAAUUUUUGAAGCUUUAAAUAUUGUCACUGGAAUCCCUUUGCCAGAAUCUGAUGAACCUGAACAUUCAUUGAAGAAAAGUGCAAGUCUCUUAGCCACUUCGAGAGCUUCUGUAACACGACUAAUCGAUCAAGAGAUUCUGAAAGUCAAAAUCAAAAAACCAACUCCUAAAGAAUUUUCAACUGAAAUCAUUCAAUACACAAAUCUGGAAGUUAAUUUCGCAUUAAAAGAAUUUGGAGUAACUUUGUAUAAGUGUAAAACGAUAGAACAACAGAGGUCCUUCGACGAGACACCAUCUUUAACACCAUCAGACAAAUUUAGAACACCAGUUGAAGAAAUGGCUCCAAAUGGAUUUGAAGACUGCACCAAUCAAUUUGAAACUGUUCCAAAUAAUGAUGAUAAAAUAUUAUCAUUUAAGGUACUACAACUUGAAGGUUAUAUGGCUCAGCGUACUUAUGAGCUUGUAGCUUCAGUAAAACUUGGAGCUAUAAAUCUAACCCAAUACGAUAACUAUGAAGAUCAAAAGCAUAUUCUAAGUAUUAUUGAUACACCAAGAACUAAUAUCGAAAACGAAUAUUUAUUAACAGUUGAAUACACUAUGGUAAAUAAAACAACUCCCGAAUUUAGUACGAAAUAUAACUCAACUGAACAACUUAUUGUUGUUAAUUUCGCUAAAUUGGCACUGACAUUGCAUCAAGAAUGCUUGUUGAAACUUAUGGAGAUCGGUCGCAAUUUACAACAGAAAUUAGACGUUUUUAACAAAUCCUUAGAGCCGAAAGAUCGAGUUGCUACUACUGACACAGAAAGUAUUCUCACCAAAUUGACCACAAUCAUUGAAGAAGUGGAAUUAGAUGAUGGUGUUAUGGUUAAGAGAGAAAAAAGCCGCAAGAGAAAAGUUGUACAUAGCAUUAAGAUCAAAGUUGUGGCCAAUUUGGAACAAGUCUCUGUGUGUUUAACAUGUCGGCAACGUAACUUGGUUUUACUUAAAGUGCAAAAUUUCUUUGCUGGAGUUGUUAUGAAGUCUUCAUACACCGAAUUAACACUUCUCCUCAAGAAUAUUAUUGUAUGGGAUUUGAAUCCACUUACCAUACACCCAACCAUUCUAUCAAUUGUUGGUGAAAAUGCCCUAAAAUGCCAAGUUGUUAUGUACAAUCUUGAAGAGACUGCCAACUAUAAUUCAGAUGAUCUUAAAGUCGAAGUAAAUAUUGGUUGCGUGAGAAUUAUAUUCCUCAAUUGGUUUGUUACUUCUGUUUUGAGCUUUUUGAAUAAUUUCCAAGCUGCUCAACAAGCAGUAGCAAAUGCAAGUGUUGCAGCUGCUGAUGCAGCAAGACAAAAUGCUAUCGAUGCCUAUCAAAAAGCUACAAGAAUGAAACUCAAUAUUAAAAUAAAAGCUCCAAUUAUUGUUGUUCCUGUGAAUUCCACGAGUUUAGAUGGUGUUUCCUUGGAUUUGGGUAUGCUGAAUCUGUCGAAUGUAACGAGUGAAAUAGCCGUUCCUGGGAAUGAACAUAGUCCUGCUGUGUUGGAUGAAAUAAGACUUGAACUCAAAGAUGUGCAGCUUUCAAAAAUUAAGAUAACCGAAGCUGAAUGUUCACCAGAAAAUUCAGUUGACCAACAAUUAAAAGAUGGUGCAUCUUAUGCUGAGUUGGCUUUGGACGAUUCAACUUUGUAUGGACUUAAAGGACACGUUAAUAUGCUGAACCCUAUUAGUUUUAAUUUGGCGGUUAAGCGAAAUCUUUCCAGUACGUGGUACAAAGAUUUGCCAGAGGUUGAUGUUUCCGGUCAUUUGAAAUCAAUCGAGUUAAACUUAUACACCGAUGACUACGCUCUACUCAUGUCCAUAUUGAACAACAACUUAUCCGAAGGUCAAACGGAAUUCGAAACAGUUCCAGCUAAAACACAAAAGCCUGAAGAUGUUUUUGUCGAAGUGCACCGAAAAUCCGAAUAUCGACGAACAUCCGAAGGAAAAAGCCCUCGAACAUCCGAAGCAAAAAGCCCUCGAGCAUCCGAAGGAAAAAGCCCUCGCCAAAAAACACCGUCAGCCAAAACUGUUCAACCAACAAGCGAUAAACAAACAAUUCACGAACAAUUUAGGUUUAAUUUCCAAUUCGAUGGUGUUAUUGUUAAUUUAUUCCAAGCCAAUCAAGAAGGCUUAGCUCGUUUUGGUAUUCAUUUUCUUUCUGUUAAGGGUAAGAUUUUGGUCGAUGGAACUCUCAGUACUUCGGUUGUGUUGUGUGAUAUACAAAUCGAUGAUAUUCGACCAAACCUUAAUAGUAAAAUUACUAAAUAUUUAUGUCGGAAAGAAUGGAAACGAGAAAACGAAUCCUCUUUGAGUGGAACAAGCGAUUUUAGUGACAGCCUCAGAGCUGAGAAAAACUUUAUGUUAGACUUGACGGCAAUUGUCAAACAAAACGAUACUUUUGCCGAAAUACGAGUUUGUGGAUUUGAUUUGAUCAUCACAAUUGAUUUCUUAGUCAAAUUAGCCGAGUUCUUCACCCUUCCUGAAACUGAAACAACUGAAGAAGUAGAAGAAAAGGCAGUUGCUUUGAGACCUGGUGAAAUUAUAGCUGCACCAAAAACUCCUAAAAAAACUGUUGCAACACAAGAAAUUGCCCCCGAAAAGAAACUUAACCUUUUGCUGUACAUCGAGGAACCAGAUAUAAUUCUCAUUGAAAGUCUAGAGGAUGUUAAUACCAAUGCCAUAAUAUUCAAUUCUCAAAUUCGACUCAAUUAUAGAGCAGUUGGUUCUAAGGAAAUUAUCAGUGGACAAAUUGAUGCUCUCAAAAUGUAUAUGUGCUCUUUCAGCCCGGAAAGACGUGAAGCUACCAAGCACUUCAUACUGCAUCCAUGUGUUAUAAGCUUACACGGAUCAACUCCGGAUCAAGAAGGACUUCAUAUAAGUCUCAAGAUGACUGAUAUCAUUCUUAAUAUAUCUCCAGCAACAAUUGAGCUUAUCAACAAAGCAAUGGUUACACUUUCUUCGCGGCCUGAAAAAGGAGCAGCUCUUGUUAAAGAAGUUGAUCACAGUGGUGUUUGGGUUGUCGAGAAAUUUACAGACAAAGAUUUUUGGUUUUUAGUUGAUCAAGCAUAUGAUGCUUUGGAAAUGCCAGAGACCCUAGAAGAAUUAACAAUAACAAAAACGGAAAAAUGUAUUGUGGAAGUGCCUUCAAUAAUAUUAGUUAUCGAAACUGGCGUUGGAUAUUAUACAACACCAAUGUUGUUUAUUGAGACAAAACUAAAUGCAACAGUUGCUAAUUGGAGCCAAAAUAUGAAAGUCGAGGGCGCCUUAAAUCUCUACAUGAACUACUUCAAUCACGCCUUAGGUGUAUGGGAGCCUCUAAUUGAACAAAUUGAAAAACCAGACAAGUCUGGAAUCAUGGAAUACCUCCCGUGGGAAUUAAAUUUCGGCUUAGAAAUUCAACCAAAUAAAUCUGAACUCGAUGGUGAAAUUGAAGAUCCUACAACAAAAAUCAAAAUCGAAUCCGAAGAAAUGCUUGAAAUUACAAUGAGUAAAACAUGUCUUGAUACUCUGCAAGUUUUAGGAGAAGCAUUCUCGAAUGCUAUCGACGCCAAGGGACUCAACAAACCAGAAGUCAUUGCUCCCUAUGUUGUGGAAAAUGACACUGGAUUUGAUAUAUCUUUGAAUUUAACUCGUGGUAUAUUUACAUUGCAUGAAUGUCAUAUGCCGAAUGCAAAUUCUCAUUGUGAUGCAUUGAAUAGUUCGUUGGUAUUUAAAUGUGAUAUUCCUGAUACUGAUUUGUCACCAGAUCAAGUAAAAGAUUGUACCAUUUCACCUGGAGGAAGAGCAUAUUUGCAGACGAAGGAUUUGUCUAGAGUGACAUCGGAAGAAGAUCAAGCUUAUAAUAUUUAUUGUGUUGUGGUAGGAAUCAAUAAAGAAGUAAUUCUCCCGGUAUCGAAGUCUGAUCAGAGGUACUUCCCACUGUACCGAGGUGCAAAUCAAGAUCCUUGGGGAAUCAUUUCGCAAGUCAACUCAGAGUAUGGUACCACUCGAAUUAAUAUUCACGGAGUUGUUAAUGUGAAAAAUCAUUUUACAACAACAGUAAACGUCUAUAGAAACAAACACGGUACAACUGAGAAGGUUUUAGUAGGAGAAGUGGCUCCAGGAGAGGUUUUCCAUGUUCCAUUGCAUGCGAUCUAUGCUGAAGCAAAAGAUUUGUUCUUUGCUUUGCCAGGCUACAGAGUUUCAGUUCAAGGCAUAAGAUGGAAUGACUGCCCAACUGACUUCAACUACCAACGCCAGAUUCAAUGUGAUCCAGUGGAUACUUUCGAACCUCUUUACAUUAAUGCUGUUCGUCAAAAAACCGAAGUUUUCCAUGAGAAUACAAUGAAAUUCAUGUUAAUGAGUGCCUUCUAUACGAUUCACCUUCGUCCUCCAUUAUAUAUGCGGAACGCACUACCAAUUGACAUUAAGGUGUCGGUGACUGGUUGUACGGUACGCGAUACAAGUAAAGCAACAGAAUUGGAUGAGUCAGAUGAUCUUGAUAAGGUGAAAUCUCUCAUAAAAGAGGAUAUGCUUGACUAUGGAGAGAAGGAUGUCAAGCCAGGAGAUGUUCUGCAUUUGCCAACAGUCAAGCUUACAGGGCGACGCAAUAAAGCGAAGAGCUAUGUUGUAGUUAGGCUUAUUCAAUAUUUGGAAAAAGAUUGGUCAUGUACAACAGAAAUUUCUGAAGAUCAUGAGGAAUAUGCAACAUGGACGUUUAGUUCCUAUGAUUCUGCAGCAAAAAUGGAAAUGGAUUUAGGAGUGAGAUUCCAGGAUCGAUUUGGAAGCCUUGUGUUGACAGUGUACAGUCCUUUCUGGAUGAUUAACAAAACAGGAUUGAUGCUCAGUUAUAAGACAAAUACGGAAUCAGUAAAUGUUCUCUACCAUCCACCGGAAUACAAUGGGCCCAUAUUAUUUUCUUUCCGUGAGAAAUUCUUCUUCGAUAAAAAAAGAGCAUCAAUUCGUGUGGACAAUGGUGAAUGGAGUGAUAAGAUACCUCUUGAUGUAGCUGGUUCCACUGGUGAGGUUACUUGCAAUGCAAAUGACCAAUUGUAUCACAUCGGUGUGCACAAUCAUCUGACACAAAACUCUUUGACAAAACAAAUCACAUUUAUUCCCUUCUACAUUGCAACAAAUAAAUGUGAUGUAUUGAUUGAGAUGCAAGAACACGGCAGACCAGGAGAUCCAUGGACCAAAAUUGAGCCAAAUGAAUGUAUUCCAUUUUGGCCGAAAUCCGAAGCAAAACAAGUGAUACUGAAAGUAGGUGGGCAGACGACAGUGCCUUUUGAUUAUUCCGAAGUUCAAUGUAUUCUACUUAAGCUGGAACACAAUCGGUAUGGUGGUAUUAAUGUUGAUGUCCAAGUAACAGAAGGUGGAGCAUUUAUAACAUUUACUCAGUACAAUGCCGGUGAUGCUCCAGGUCUUUUAAUUAAUCACACAGGCCAAUCAAUAACUUUUUACGAAAAGGGAGAUUCUAAUAAGAAAACUUUGGGACCAUCAGAGAAGCUUCUAUUUACUUGGGCUAAUCCAGCAGGAAAUAGAUUACUUCUUCUAGGAAAAGAUGAUGUUGAAAAUGACUUGCGACGAGAUGGUUAUGGUUCAAUAACGUUAGACGGAGAUUGGACUGCCUAUUGGGUUUCAUUCCUUGAUGGUCUUCAGCGAGUGAUUCUCUUCACCGAUAUGAGCAGCAUAGCUGACAAAGUUAGUGGUAGCUCAUUAAUGCAAAAGGUCAACCAAGAAAUUGAAAUUCGAAUCCAUGGAAUAGGUCUAUCAGUUUUAAAUAAUAUAACUGGAGUAGACAUAGUAUAUUUGGGCAUAAAGAGUUCUGGCAUAAUUUGGGAAUCUAAGAAAGAAGGCAAAAAACGAUUCAAACAAUUCAAUAUGUGUGAUUCGGCUCAUAUUGAAGAACAAUAUCAAGCGUACUUAGCAGCUAAAUGUGUUAAUGAAGAAAAGAAAUUCUAUUUGGAUCAGAAACAUGAGUUGGAUUUCGAUAAUAUGAUCUUCCAUAAAUCAACAGCUCGCGAAAUGAAACGUACAUUCUAUCCAGGAUUUUGGUUUGAUUUGAAGACUUCUCCAUUCCAAACGCAAUUACAUGCUAAAAUUAAUAAAAUCCAAAUCGACAAUCAACUAGCCGACUGUGUUUUCCCUGUGGUAUUGGCACAAAUACCUCCACCAAAAAGUAUCGCAGCUAAUUCAGCACUUAAGCCAUUCAUCGAGUGCAGUAUUGUGGAACGAGUUGUACCAAAUUCCACAGUGAACCAGUUCAAAUAUUGUACCAUGUUGAUUCAGGAAUUUCACUUUAAGGUUGAUAUUCUUUUCCUUAGCGCUAUUGCGGAGAUGUUCACGUCAGAUCUCAGUGAUGAGCAAGCUGCAAAACUCUUUAACGAGGAUGUGAAUGCCAUCGAAAAACCCCUUUCAGCCUUAGUUGAAAUUCAUUCAGCUCAGGAGCAUAAGAAUUUCUAUGAUAAUUUGCAUUUAGGACCUCUUAAAAUACACGUAUCCUUCUCGAUGGCCGGCUCUGAUACAACAGCCUUGCCGGGACUCCUCUCAACAAUAGUCCAAGGUGUUGGUGUCACUCUAACGGAUGUCAAUGAUGUCGUUUUCAAGUUGGCCUUCUUUGAACGCCAAUUCGGUUUUUUCACUCAAAGGCAAUUGAUAUCAGAAAUCACUGCUCAUUACACUGGACAAGCUCUCAAGCAACUGUAUGUGUUGGUAUUCGGUUUGGACGUUAUAGGUAAUCCAUAUGGUUUGGUGGUUGGUCUGAAGACCGGAGUUCAGGAUUUGUUCUAUGAACCAUUCCAGGGAGCUAUUCAAGGUCCUGGUGAGUUUGCUGAAGGACUUGUACUUGGAGUUAAAUCAUUGUUCGGGCAUACAGUGGGUGGAGCUGCUGGAGCAGUUUCAAAAAUCACUGGAGCUAUGGGCAAAGGAGUUGCUGCAUUGACUUUUGACGAUGACUACCAAAAGAAACGACGACAAGCUUUAAAUAAAAAACCUGCCAACUUCCAAGAAGGUAUAGCCCGAAGUGGUAAAGGAUUAGUAAUGGGUUUUGCGGAUGGUGUGAGUGGUGUCUUCACUAAACCUAUAUCCGGUGCCAAGGAAGAAGGUGUUGAAGGAUUCUUCAAAGGCUUGGGUAAAGGUGCAAUUGGUCUGGUUGCCCGCCCAACUGCUGGAGUCGUUGAUUUUGCCAGUGGUAGUUUUGAAGCUGUCAAAAGAGCGACCGAAUGCAGUGAAGACACAAACCGAUUAAGGCCACCAAGGUUUAUGCAUCCCGAUAAUGUUCUUAGAGCCUAUAGUUUCUCAGAAGCAAAUGGAAAUAAAUUGCUUAAAGAAAUCGAAAAGGGUAAAUACGCCAGCACAGAUUCCUUUGCCCAUUGUGAAGAAGUCAUUGCGAAGCAAGAAAUUGUUCUAGUAUCAAAUCAUCGAGUUAUUUACGCAACGAAAAAUGACCUUUUCGGCACAUGGACGAUACAUUGGACUUAUCUAUGGAACGAGAUAUCAUCGAUUAUAUCCUCCGAUCGUGGGGUUGAAAUUAUUCUUAAAAAAGAAAACAAAAAAAUGCUCGGCUUUUUCUCAUCGUCAGAAGUUAAUCUCAAGGUCAUAACAAUACCACAGCGUGCUCGUCGAGAUAAUUUAGCUAAUAUCAUGGAAUCACUUCGAACGGGUACAUAAAUAUUGCCGAGAAGAUAGAAACAACAACAAGAAGUCAUACGCACAUAUUCAUUCGAAACGUA